AUGUCUUUAUAUCACUUUAAAGCACUAGUAUACAAAAAUUGAAUACUUUGGUAUCGAAGACCACUAGGAUCAUUCUGUGAGCUUUUUUUCCCUAUACUUGUAUUUAUCGUUUUAUAUUGGGUAAGAACACAAGUGACUUCUGAUGAAUACGAAGCAGAAAGUUACCUUAAUAACGCAACUUAUGUAUCCCCAACUCAAACAACAUCAGUUUCCUUUGAAUUCGAAUCUUCUAUACCAUUUUUGCAAUGCUUAGGAUAUGUUGCACAAGGAGAGGAGUGGAUUGUCGGACUUGCACCACAAAACGAAAUAACUGAAUACAUUGAAGACCAGCUUGGCGACUAUUUAAGAAGAGUUGAGGUCAGGUAUUUUGAAGAUGACGAUGCAAUCGAAGAUUAUGUUAAAGACAGUGACUAUGAGGACGGGCCAAAGCUUUGUUUUGCUGUCGUUUUUACAGAGUGAAGUGAUAACUACGUGGAAUAUAAAAUCAGAUUCAACCAGACUGAUUCAAUACCUGAUGACGGCUUUGCAAUAGGCGAUUACGUGGAUAUUUUUAAUUUCAAUGACAAUGAAGCUACUAAUGAGCGACAAAGAGAGCCAAAGCCUGAAUUCCAAGCACAAUUUUUUUCGACUGGGUUCAUACAAAUACAAAAUUGGGUCGAUAAUUAUUUAUUGCAAAAAUAUACAGGAAGCACAAAUUCAUACAUUGCAGCAGGAUUCGUGCCAAUGUAUUUUGAUGAAUGAAUUGAUGAUGACUUUUUGGAGUAUUUGGCAAAUUUUUUGGCGUUUUUUAUUAUACUUAGCUUUGGAAUUCCAGUUUGUAGGAUGGUGACACAAAUAGUUGAAGAAAAGGAAACGAAAAUUAAAGAAAUGAUGGUUAUUAUGGGGUUAUCUGGGACUUCCUAUUGGGCUGCUUGAAUUUUAUAUUACUUUUUCAUAUAUUUAGCCAUAGCAAUUGGAGCAGCAUAUAUCCUAAGUCGCAAUUUCUACGAAUAUAGUGACAUUUCUAUCAUUUUCAUUACUUAUUUUUUACUUGGACUCUCUUGUAUUUCCUUUAGUCUACUUCUGAGUAUUUUUUUCUCAACUGUAAAAACAGCCCUUAUUUUUAGCAUCAUGAUCUUUUUUGCCACAUUUUUCGCAUAUUUUGCAGUAGACGACCCUCUUAUAUCGACUUCUACAAAGUACUGAAUUUCAAUUAUACCUUCUGUUGCUUUUUCAUUAGGGACACAAAUCAUGGUUGAGCAAGAAAGAGGGUAUAUUGGUGUAACAUAUGAUAACAUCACUGAAGAGCUUUUCAAUUAUAAAUACUCAGCUUGCAUCAUUUUUAUUGCUAUCGACACAGUUGCUAUAUUUUUGCUGUUUUUAUAUCUUGAACAAGUAUGGCCAUCUGAGUAUGGGGUCAAAAGACCAUGGAAUUUUUUAUUCAAAAAAGAGUUUUGGGUUGAAAUCCCUGUAGAAAGUAAAGAUUUUGAUGAUAGGAUUGAGAAAAACGAAAACACAGAAGAAGUUGAUGCAAUUCUUGAGGAGCAAAAAAACAAAGGAAAAGUUAUGAUGAUCAGAAACCUCACAAAGAGCUAUGAUGGAGCGCUUGCAGUUGAUAAUUUAAGUCUUGAUAUAUAUGAAGGACAAAUUUUUGCAUUGCUAGGGCAUAAUGGUGCUGGAAAAACAACAACGAUUUCAAUGCUAACAGGAAUGAUAAAUGUUACUAGUGGAGAUAUGAUGGUCAGAAAUUUAUUACUGUCGAAAGACCUCAAGAAAAUUCGAAAGCUGUUGGGUGUUUGCCCACAGCAAAAUAUUCAUUAUCCAGAGCUAACUCCUGCUGAGCAUUUAUACUUAUUUUCUGUUUUUAAAGGAAAAACAAAUAGCGAUGAAAUUAGUAAAGAAAUCAAUGAAAAAUUGGAAGAAAUCAUGCUGGUUCCUCAAAAAGAUGUCCAGGUAAAAACAUUAUCAGGUGGCCAAAAGAGAAAACUUUCUCUUGCAAUUGCUUUAAUAGGAGGCUCUCCAAUUAUUUUGCUAGAUGAGCCUACAUCAGGAAUGGACCUCAAUGCCAGAAGGCAUAUGUGGGAAAUGCUUAAAAACAACAAGCAAGAAAGAAUAAUUAUUUUGACAACCCACUAUAUGCAAGAAGCAGACACUCUUGCAGACAGAAUUGCAAUUCUUUCUCAUGGAAAGCUCAGAUGCUGUGGAAGCUCAUUAUUUUUGAAAAAUAAAUUCGGAGUAGGGUACUACUUGGUCCUUGUUAAGCAGUCUAAUGUAUACAGUCCACAGCAUUCAAAAUUAAUCAUUGAUUUCGUAGAAAAAUAUAUUCCAAACUCAAGACUAGUAAGUGAUGUACAAGCAGAAAUUUCAUUUCAGUUACCAUUGUCAAGCUCAGGACAGUUUAAUGAUUUUUUUCAAGCUUUGGAUGAGAAAAAGACGGAAUUAGAAAUUAGGUCUUACUCUGUGUCUGUGACAACGCUAGAAGAAGUCUUUAUAAAUGUUACUGAAAAGACUCAAGAAAUUAAAGAAAAUGAAGAAAAUCUUAAUGAGACAAGAUUCCAGGAAGGUGAAAACGAACUUCUGGUGGAAAAACCUAAAGAAACGAGCACGCUUUUUAUCAGACAUUUCAAAGCUUUGUUGAAAAAAAGGAUACUAUGGAGCAUGAGAGACUUCAAAACUUUUACUUUUGAAAUUUUGAUUCCAAUGUCUUUAAUCACAAUUGGAAUAAUUUUUCUCUUGAUUGCUGAUCGAUAUAUUGACCAAGACCCUUGGGAUUUAGUAAUUGACCAGUAAAGUCCGAUCUCUGCUUUGGAUGCGCUUGUCUGACGUCGGGAGUGCCAAAUGGGGAGUUGACUAACCAAAGUUUGUUGGCAAAGUCAAAUCCCAUCUGUCUCCUCCCGAUGUCAGUCAAGCCCGAUCCAAAGCCAGGAUCAGACUAUAUGAUACCCCUCAAAAUAUCCUGUACCCAGACAAUAUAAAUGACUAUACUUCUCAGCUGAUGUCCUCUUUAGACUCCAUGGAAGAUAUUGACACUUCAGGCAUCACAGCUGAAGAUAUUGAAGAAUUCGACCUGCUGAUAUUUGAGAACCGAGAAGUUGACCCGACACGUAUGGGUUCUUAUUAUUACUACACCAUGAAUUCUGAUAUUGACAGAUAUGAACCAGUAAUUUUCCACAACCAGACCGCUUUUCAAUCUUUACCAACCUACUACCAGCUUGUUGCAUUAGAAAUCUUAAAAACAUAUAACCCAGAUCUAGAAAUUUUGGUACAAAACCACCCUUUGCCUAUCACAGAAAAAAUGAAUGAGUUCGAAGCCUCCAUAAGCUCAUUCAUUAUCACCAUAAUUUUCGGUCUAGGAGCUGCAUUUAUUCCUGCAAGUAUUGUCUCUUUCAUUGUAAGAGAAAAAGAAAACAACGUGAAAUUCCAGCAUAUGAUAAGUGGGGCUUCUAUGUGGGCGUAUUGGAUUUCUAAUUUCAUAUGGGAUUAUGCGAAAUAUUUAGUCAUUGCAAUUUAUGUAUGUGUUUUAAUUGUGAUUGUGGACAUAAAUAUCUAUGUUGAUGAAGACGACCGGUAUGCAGCCUUUUGACUGAUUUUUAUUUUAUAUGGCUUGAGUGUGAUCCCUUUUACUUAUUUAAGCAGUUUUAUUUUCACGAACCAUAAUACAGCACAAGUGAUCACAAUAUCGUUUCAUUUUCUUACAGGCUCUUUUUUACCAAUUGUGAUGAUUUUUAUGUGGUUUUUUGACGACACAAGAAACUAUGUCAGAGAAUGGAGGUGGUUUUUUAGGCUUUUCCCAAAUUUCUGCUUUGGUAAUGGAAUUUUGCAAAUAGCGUCCCAAGAGUUUAUAGCGUAUUUUGAUGGUGAUGAAACUGAGCCAGUGUUUUCAUUAGAAGCAGCUGGAGGCGACAUUUUAUAUCUUGGAGCCACAGCAGUAGGCUAUUCAAUUUUACUGAUUUUUGCAGAGUGAAUUAACAAUAAUCGUGCUCUUGGACAGUUUAUAACUCAAAGAUUAGCAGGAAAGCCUUCAGAAUAUCUAUCAGAUGAAGAUGUAGAAUCUGAAAAGCAGCUUGCCUUAAUAACAAGCCCACAAGACGUUAAAGUAAAUGUAAGAGAGCUGAGAAAAUUUUAUGGAAGCUUAUUCGGCUCAAGAGUUAUUGCUGUUGAAGAAGUCAGCUUUAAUAUCCCAAGCCAGCAGUGCUUUUGCUUACUAGGGUCUAAUGGAGCUGGCAAAACAACUGUAUUUAAAAUUCUUGCUGGAGAGAUUAUAGCAAGCUCUGGUGAAGCUUUUAUAGGAGGCUACUCCAUUAAUACUUCAUUGACUUCAGCCAGAAAAUGCAUAGGAUACUGUCCUCAGUUUGACGCUUUAAGUGAAAAAUUGACCUGCAAAGAACACAUAAGACUGUACUGUGACAUCAAAGGAAUUAAUAAACAAAAAAUCGCUGAAUUGACAAAAAAUCUAUUAAGAGAAUUAGAUUUAGAGAUGUACGAGGAUUAUAAAAUGGAAAAUUUAAGCGGAGGAAAUAAACGAAAACUUUCAGUAGCCAUUUCUUUAAUAGGCAGCCCUGAUGUAAUACUUUUAGAUGAGCCGUCAACUGGAAUGGACCCAGAAACAAGGAAAAAACUGUGAAGAGUUUUGGGAAAUUUGAAAAAGCAAAAUUCUUCAGUUGUGUUGACGACCCACUCAAUGGAAGAAGCUGAAGCACUUAGUGAUCGGAUUGCUAUCAUGGCUGCUGGAAGAAUUAGAUGUAUUGGCUCUUCUUCACAUAUUCGAAAUAAAUUCGGUCAAGGUUAUGAGCUUGACGUCAAAAUAAAAAUCCCAAAGCAAGAAAAAAUCCACAUUUUGAGCAAAAAAUUGGACUUAGAAUUAAAAGAUGCCACACAAAUAAGAGAAUUUCAAAUUAAAAAGUGUUUGCAAGCUUUAGAAGCUGAAGACUUGGAAGAGGUAUUUAAUUCAAAAAAUAUAGGAUUUGCGAUGCAGUUGAAAAAUGAAGGAAGCAUUGCGAGAGACUCGUUUAUUUCAUGAGUUAUUACUGAAAAAAGAGGCUUGAAAGUGCUAAAGUGACUUAAAGGAGAGUUCAAAGAUGUUGAAUUAGUUGAGCAUUAUUUGAGCUCUUAUAAAUAUAGAAUUACUAACUCCCCCCUCUGUGAGCGAACACAAACAUUAGAAAAAUCCCUAUUUUGCCCAAAAACCCACCCUCCGAGAGCAAAAAACAAUUUUUUAUGGAAAAAUUUUGAUAUAUAAGCGAUAAUUAUUAUAAUGAAAUCUCUAACUAAUUCUGUUUAAUAAACAAAUCGCGUAUUAAAAAAUAAAUUUUACAAAUUAAAUUAACAUUUCCUUUCCAAUUAUUACGAAGUGGGAUUUUUUGAAAUUUCGAAAAAAAAAUGUUUCUAUAAAAAUUUAUAUAUAAAUUUAAAAAAAAAGCCAAUUAAUCCCAUCCGUGAGCGAACAAGAUUUUUUUUGUUCGCUCAUGGAGCGGGGAGAGUAAGCAGGAUGAUAGAUCGCUAGGAUAUCUCUUCUCUUUGGUGGAAAAAUCGAAAAAAUCAUUGAAGAUUUCUGAGUAUUCGAUUUCACAAACUUCUCUUGAACAAAUUUUUACUGAGUUGUCUAGUAACCCUAAUUAA